UUCGCUUACGGGAAUAUGUCAGUGAAAACAUUAUUUUGUUUUUGUGAGAACCACUAUAUGAAAAGAUGAAGGUAAUACUCCUUUUGGCGAUGUUGGCAAGUGCGUGUAUUCUCUGCAAAGGGGAUCCUCGCUAUAGAAGAGCAUACAAUAAUGGUUACGCAGAUGCUCAAGCUCAUGCCGAAAAUGCUCCUGCUCCAUGUAUCCUUUGCAAGGGAGAUCCUACCUAUCAGAAGGCAUUCAAUGCAGGUUACGCCGAUGCUGCUUGUAUCCUCUGCAAAGGCGAUCCUAUGUACAGAGAAGGAUACAUUGCAGGCUAUAGUGAUUCACAAGCAAGUAUCGAAGAUACUCCAACACGCCGCAAUGCCCUGUUAGAAGAUUCGGGAGCUUAUGGCAAUCCAGUUAGAAUUUGUUACACAAGUUGGAAGGAUUGCAGUGGAUGCCGAGGCUACUUAGAUACCUGUUGUUCAGACAAGAACUGUGGCGGUGGACGAAGAUGCAAACGAGGCUUAAGUGUGUACAGCUGCGACAAUUAACAUGUUUUUACGAGAAUACGCAGAAAGACAGCUAAA